AGUAGUAAUACAUAUAGAAAAAAACGAGAUCAGAAAGAAAAGAAAAGAAAAAUGAGACAAGGAAUGAUAUCUGGAACUGGAAACAGAGCUCACUCGCACCUCUGCACAAACCCUCAUAUACCAACCAAAAAACCAAUUUCUGAACCACCUUCUCACAUUUUUUUCAACACCCAUCUCCUAAAACCUAGCAUUUCCAUCAAAAACCCAUCUGGGUCAUACAGAACCAGAACAAAAGCGGCCAUUAAUGACCACCUGAGCAUGACAGCACAGGCCACACAUAGUUUUUACGAGCUAUUGGGCAUAUCGGAGAGUGGGACUCUCUCCGAGAUCAAACAAGCCUACAAGCAAAUGGCUCGGAAGUACCACCCGGACGUGUCACGGCCCGACCACAUGGAGGAGUACACAGAGAGGUUCAUUCGGGUUCACGAGGCUUAUGAAACUCUGUCUGACCUGAAAACCAGAGCGUUAUAUGACAGAGAUUUGGCUAAGGGUCUGCACUUGGCUUUCUCUGCUAGAAAACGCUCCCAAUAUGACCAGAGAUCUGAGAAGUGUGGUGAAUGGAAGGACAAUUGGGAGGCUCAACUCAUGGAGAUGAGGCGAAGAAGUGAACAUAAAGAUUCAACAAGGAAUAUGUCGUGGGGAUCAAGAAUGAGGAGGCAAAGAAACCAAACAUUUGAUGAUGAGUUUGACUAGAGAAACAGAGCAUUAUGUGUUCUAUCAGUUUAGGCUAUGUGUGUGUGUGUGUGUGUGUGUGUGUAUUAGAAUUUAGGAGGGUUGAGGCAUGUAGAAAUGUGAGGGGGCUAAUUCACUUAUUAAUGUUUGAGUUCUUCAAGUUACUAAAACACUGAACACUGUCCUUUGGUUGC